AUGGCAGCGACCGCCGAGACCGACGCCCUCAUGCGUUUCAUGUAUGGUGGCCGCCUUCCUCCCACCCGUGUCCUUCCAUGGCUGUACAUCUCGGACAUGACGACGGCAAAGUCGUUGACCAUGCUCAACGAGGCGUCGAUAACUCGCGUCGUGGUCGCCACCGCGCCCGACUCGUGCGGCUUCCCUCACGCCCAGCAUGGCAUCGAGUACAUGCGGGUGGCCAUCGACGAUGAUGCCGAUGCAGACAUCGCCAGCUUGCUCACUCGUCGUCUGUUUCGCUUCAUCUGCUCCUCGCAGGCGCCGGAGCAAUCAGUUCUUGUCCACUGCGAGGGCGGCAUCUCUCGAUCGGCCUCGAUCAUCGUCGCCGUCCUCAUGCUGGGUGCGAGCCUCGACUACGAUGCUGCGCUUGCUUUUCUUCGCCGCUCCCGCCGGCUUGCUACACCCAAUCCCGGCUUUGACGCUGCGCUUCGGGCGUGGGCUGACUCGCCCGAGUUUACGACACUCGCAUCAGAGUUUGACGUUGUCCUCGAUGUCGACAACGACGCACGCAGCGACGAGAGCGACGGGCGCUAA